AUGAGAGAUGAUAUGAGAGGCAAAAUGAGAUUUUGGCACCACAAUGUGGAACAGAAGAAUACUGAGAAGAUCUGGGGAAGGACUUGGAUCGAACCCGAAAAAUCUUCAGCUCACUCUUGGCUAGGAAAUCUCGAAAUCAUCCAGCAGUGGUGGCCGUUCGACAAAGAUCUCCUUCAUCAGUUCGAUUUCUUGGAUAAACAAGGAACGCAGAUCAUAAUCUACAAUAUUUGGGAAGACGACGAGGGAUUGCCUGAAUUGGAUUUCGACACAGUUGAACACAUUUUAUCGUUGGUACGCCGUCCAGCUAGAAACGACGGCAGAGGAGUCGUCGGUGUCAUUGAAGCAAACUUUGUCGAGCCGGCGCACGAUAAACAGGGAUUCGCGCGAACGACUGCCCGCUCUCGGCUCGAGUCGAGACUUAUGUCCAACAAGAAAAACUAUUGGUCUCGAAAUUGCCAUCUCAUCGGCUAUGCUCAGCGGCGCGGACCUGAGAAAUGUGCUUCACCUGAGCCGGCUAUCAAAUUUCUUAAUUCAUUUGAGUGGACUGAUCGAUGCUGGAUUUGGAGAGGAGACAUCUUUCUUGUUUGGACCUGUGUUGAUGGUGACAAAUUUAGGAGGGCUAACAAUUUUCGUAAACCCUACGGAUUGACUCAUCCAAUUAAGAAGAAAAAAGGAUAACAUGCCAGGACGGAUGAACCUUUUUCUCAGACGGACCUCAAGUAUUGCCUUGAGGAACCCCACGAAGCUGUUUGGAUUGAUGCACCGGAAGAUAAUUCUGUUCUUGAGGGAUCUUCUUAGCU